AUGGCCGCCUUGCGACGUUUUGGCCUUUUACUCACCCUAUCGAUAUGCAUCGCAUGCAGCAUCGCCGACCGCAAUUCCGGCAUCUUUAGCAAGCCACCCGGUAGCGCCUACGGCAAUUUCGCCCUCAAUGCUGUGUAUCCAGCCGACGAGGACAUCGAGUUUGCCUGGUCGUAUGCCGACCGCCCGAUUGACUUGCUAUUGGAGCGCGUUGACCUAACGAACCUGUCUGCGAUUUCGAGAAAAUGGGUACUAAAGUCUGCCAUCUCCACACAAAACUACACCUGGACGCCUGAAGGACGAGAAGAGUAUUUGAACGACCCCGAGGAUGGUGGCCUCGACACCGUUUUCGUCGCCUCCCUCAGCUUUGUAGGAGCCAAAACGACUAUUUGGAGAACGCCUAGCCAUUACUUCAACGUUUCGCGGGCCGCGUUACCCUUGCCCAGUACGCCGUCGCAAGUCGAUGAAUCCCCCAAAUCUGGUGGUCCCUCUGCGGCCACCAUUGCGGGAAUAGCCAUCUCUGCCGUGCUCAUCUUUGUGGCCGUGCUAGGAACUGUUCUGCUGCUCUUUUGGAGACGCUCGCGCCGCGCAAAGCGGCCCCAUCGACCCCCGAGCCAGACCUCUUCUAUGCGCAACGUUUUGCGCGCGCCGAAAUCGAUGGACGAGGUCGCCGCUGCUAAAGAAAGCUGCAGCAGCAGUAGCACUACCACCAGCAGCAGCAGCAGCAGCAGCGGAUCAUGCAACGAGGAGCGCCAUGCAGAGCUUCACGCGCAAAAUGUCGUAAUUGCGGAGCUGCCUGGCUCUUGCUGGACAGACUUUACUCCAGAGCUACCGGGAGUCUGGCGCAUUCGGCGAUCUGGCGACAGCUGGGAACCCGAUGCGCCUGAGAGGCUUGAUGUCAGGCCGUGUAAUGCGGUGCGGCGGGACUUGGCUCAGUCCGACGAGAAGAUUGACCUCGAGAAAGAUGAUGACGAGGACAGGGUUGAGGGGACCGAGGACACCGGCCGGCCGGCGACACCUCCGCCGCAAUAUGCCACUUGCGGCUCACACACCCUCGAGCCUUUUAUAUUCAACUCUCUCGAAUAUCAACUACCAGUGAAGGAACAAGACACGAACAAUAACACAUAA